AAUAAAUGAUAAUUGGGAUGUCUAAAGCAUGUUUAAGUUUAAGUUGUUUACUUGGCACUGUUGUUUUUUUUUAUAGGUAAACGUCGCAGUACGCUGGGACUUCCUUUGCUUAUUGCUCUAUUCAUGGUAUUUGUUGUAGACGUAGACGUGUCGGUAUCCAUGUGGUGAUCUGCUUCUUUUUCAGUUUCUGUUUUCGACGUUUUCUAGCUAUCGUAGUUGUUGUGUUGAUUUAAUGUAACAAUAGUAUAAUCUUUUGUUGAAUUAGUUGUUGUUGUCAGAUUAGUUUUAUUUGUUGGCUGGGCGUUGAGUUCCGUUAAAAAUUUUUGUAUACUGUCUUUGCUAGUAGUUGCUUUGACGGUUUCUUGCGUAAUAUUGGGAGCUUCUGAAGUAGAGUUGUUGGAAUCAAGUGGAUUAUGUGUAUUUACUUGUGUUGUAGAAUUGUCUUGUAUUUUUGUUGUUUGGGCGAAUGAAAUGGAAUUUGCGACUGCGAUUGGAUUUUGUAUUUUGUGUAAUGUUAACGCUUCGCGCAUAGAACAUUUCUUCUCAGUUUUUAUUUUAAGAAUAUCUUUGGCCUGUUGAUAUUUGGGGCAUGUGUUGGCCGAGGUGGAUGGAGUCAUGUGUAGAAGUUCACGCAAGUGAGGAAAGUUCUCUGAUUGCCAUUCACUUGGGAGUGGCCAGAAACGAUUCUUUUACAUGUGACUCAAGCAGCUCACGACUUCCGGUCUUUGACCAAGUAUCCUCUGGGUAGCCUAAGAACAUCCGUUUGAAGGCGAGCUAACGUGAGAAGGCGAAACAUCCCCUGCAUAGGGUUGUGCGCUGGGUUUGGGACCCGCCACGUAAAAAAACACCCCCAGUGAAUAGUCAUAACCAGCCUCGGCUGAGAGACCCCCCUUUUGAUGACGACCAUGGCAAACGAAAUAAGGACUACGAAUUGAAGGCAUGCACCUGGAAUGUCCGGUCCCUUAACUGGGAAGGUGCCACUGUCCAGCUGGUUGAUGUCCUCGUGAAAACAAAGGCUGACAUCACCGCCGUCCAAGAAAUGCGAUGGACGGGACAAGGACAGAGACAAGUAGGUCCUUGUGACAUUUACUACAGUGGCUAUGUAAAGGAGCGCAGGUUUGGUGUGGGAUUCGUGGUGGGAGAGAGACUCCGUCGCCGAGUACUAUCAUUCACUGCGGUGAAUGAACGUCUAGCCACAAUCCGCAUCAAAGCGAGGUUCUUCAACAUAUCGCUGAUUUGCGCCCACGCCCCGACGCAAGAGAAGGACGAUGUGACCAAAGAUGCCUUUUAUGAGUGCUUGGAGCGCACUUAUGUGAGAUGCCCCCGUCACGAUGUAAAAAUCGUGCUUGGCGACUUCAACGCCAGGGUGGGCAAAGAAGAUAUCUUUGGUACUACGGUCGGUAAAUUCAGCCUCCACGACGAAACUUCCCCAAAUGGGUUGAGGCUGAUCGACUUCGCCGGGGCCCGAAAUAUGGUUAUCUGUAGUACUAGAUUCCAGCAUAAGAAGAUCUAUCAAGCUACCUGGCUGUCUCCGGAUCGAAAAACUACCAACCAGAUCGAUCAUGUUGUGAUAGACGGAAGACACGUCUCCAGUGUUUUAGAUGUGCGUGCGCUCCGAGGUCCCAACAUCGACUCGGACCACUAUCUUGUUGCAGCUAAGAUUCGCACCCGCCUCUGUGCAGCAAAAAACGCACGCCAACAAACACAAGGAAGGUUCGACGUCGAGAAGCUGCAAUCACAACAUUCAGCCGAACGAUUCUCUACUCGGCUUGCACUCCUGCUCUCUGAGAGCACUCGUCAACAACUUGGUAUAAGGGAACUGUGGGACGGCAUUUCAAACUCUUUACGUACAGCUGCAACCGAAACCAUUGGUUUUCGGAAAGUGCAAAAGAACAGCUGGUACGACGAGGAGUGCCGUGUCGCAGCGGAGAGAAAACAGGCUGCCUACCUCGCAACGUUACAAUCGACCACAACACGUGCGGGAUGGGAUAGAUACCGAGAGUUGAAGAGGGAAGCGAGACGCAUUUGCAGACAGAAGAAGAAAGAGGCCGAAAUGCGUGAGUACGAACAGCUGGAUAAGCUGGCCGACAGGGGUAAUGCUCGAAAAUUCUACGAAAAGAUGCGGCGGCUUACAGAAGGUUUCAAGACCGGAGCAUACUCCUGUAGAACCCCCCAAGGUGAUCUAGUUACCGAUGGCCAGAGCAUACUUAAAUUAUGGAGGGAACACUUCUCCAGCCUGCUGAAUGGCAGUGAACGCACAACACCAGGAGAAGGCGAACCCGAUACCCCAAUCGAUGACGAUGGAGCAGACGUUCCAUUGCCCGACCAUGAAGAAGUUCGAAUAGCAAUUACCCGCCUGAAAAACAACAAAGCGGCAGGGGCCGAUGGAUUGCCGGCCGAGCUAUUCAAACACGGCGGCGAAGAACUGAUAAGGAGCAUGCAUCAACUUCUUUGUAGAAUAUGGUCGGACGAAAGCAUGCCCAACGAUUGGAAUUUAAGUGUGCUAUGCCCAAUCCAUAAAAAAGGAGACCCCACAAUCUGCGCCAACUACCGUGGGAUAAGCCUCCUCAAUAUCGCAUAUAAGGUUCUGUCGAGCGUAUUGUGUGAAAGAUUAAAGCCCACCGUCAACAAACUGAUUGGACCUUAUUAGUGUGGCUUCAGACCUGGUAAAUCAACAACCGACCAGAUAUUCACCAUACGCCAAAUCUUGGAAAAGACCCGUGAAAGGAGAAUCGACACUCACCACCUAUUUGUCGAUUUCAAAGCUGCUUUCGACAGCACGAAAAGGAGCUGCCUUUAUGCCGCGAUGUCUGAAUUUGGUAUUCCCGCAAAACUAAUACGGCUGUGUAAACUGACGUUGAGCAACACGAAAAGCUCCGUCAGGAUCGGGAAGGACCUCUCCGAGCCGUUCGAUACCAAAUGUUCGUGCGACUUUUUCAACCUGCUUCUGGAGAAAAUAGUUCGGGCUGCAGAACUCAACAGAGAAGGUACCAUCUUCUAUAAGAGUGUACAACUGCUGGCGUAUGCCGAUGAUAUUGAUAUCAUCGGCCACAACACCCGCGCCGUUAGUUCUGCUUUCUCCAGACUGGACAAGGAAGCAAAAGAAAUGGGUCUGGCAGCGAACGAGGGCAAGACGAAAUAUCUCCUGUCAUCAAACAAACAGUCGUCGCACUCGCGACUUGGCACUCACGUCACUGUUGACAGUCAUAACUUUGAAGUUGUAGAUAAUUUCGUCUAUCUUGGAACCAGCGUAAGCACCACCAACAAUGUCAGCCUAGAAAUCCAACGCAGGAUAACUCUUGCCAACAGGUGCUACUUCGGACUAAGUAGGCAAUUGAGAAGCAAAGUCCUCUCUCGACAAACAAAAACCAAACUCUAUAAGUCACUCAUAAUUCCCGUCCUGCUGUAUGGUGCAGAGGCCUGGACGAUGUCAACAACAGAUGAGUCGACGUUGCGAGUUUUCGAGAGAAAAGUUCUGCGAAAGAUUUAUUGUCCUUUGCGCGUUGGCCACGGCGAAUAUCGCAUUCGAUGGAACGAUGAGCUGUACGAGAUAUACGACGACAUUGACAUAGUUCAGCGAAUUAAAAGACAGCGGCUACGCUGGCUAGGUCAUGUUGUCCGGAUGGAUGAAAACACUCCGGCUCUGAAAGUAUUCGACGCAGUACCCGCCGCGUGAAGCAG